AUGUCAUCUGAUGGAGGUGACAAUAGUGUAGUCACGCUUCACAUGUCAUCUGAUGGAGGUGACAAUAGUGUAGUCACGCUUCACAUGUCAUCUGAUGAAGGUGACAAUAGUGUAGUCACGCUUCACAUGUCAUCUGAUGAAGGUGACAAUAGUGUAGUCACGCUUCACAUGUCAUCUGAUGGAGGUGACAAUAGUGUAGUCACGCUUCACAUGUCAUCUGCUGGAGGUGACAAUAGUGUAGUCACGCUUCACAUGUCAUCUGAUGGAGGUGACAAUAGUGUAGUCACGCUUCACAUGUCAUCUGAUAGAGGUGACAAUAGUGUAGUCACGCUUCACAUGUCAUCUGAUAGAGGUGACAAUAGUGUAGUCACGCUUCACAUGUCAUCUGAUGGAGGUGACAAUAGUGUAGUCACGCUUCACAUGUCAUCUGAUGGAGGUGACAAUAGUGUAGUCACGCUUCACAUGUCAUCUGAUGGAGGUGACAAUAGUGUAGUCACGCUUCACAUGUCAUCUGAUGGAGGUGACAAUAGUGUAGUCACGCUUCACAUGUCAUCUGAUGGAGGUGACAAUAGUGUAGUCACGUGA